GGGCGGGCCGGGGGCGGCGGGGCUCAGACCCGAGCCUCGAGGCCGGCCGCGGGUCCCCCCCCGCGGGUGUCGUUGAUGUUCGGGGCUGCCGGGCGCCCAGCGAUCGGAGCUGCAGCUCCCGGGAACAGCUGGCAUUUCAGCCGGACCAUGGAGGAGUUGGUACAUGACCUUGUCUCAGCCCUGGAGGAGAGCUCAGAGCAGGCCCGCGGGGGCUUUGCGGACACGGGUGACCAUUCUCGAAGCCUCUCCUGCCCACUGAAGCGUCAGGCAAGAAAGCGCAGAGGACGGAAGCGCCGAUCCUACAAUGUCCACCACCCCUGGGAGCCAGGCCAUGGUCUAAGCGAGGGCUCGGACUCCAGCGUGGAAGAGCCCAGCCGGGACCCCUAUCGGGAGGCACAUAGUCAUAGCAAGAAGGACCACAGCGACUCUGAUGACCAGAUGCUGGUUGCCAAGCGGCGGCCCUCUGCUGGUUUGAACAACAACGUCCGGGGAAAGCGACCCUUGUGGCACGAGUCCGAUUUCGCCGUGGACAGCCUAAGUGGCCGGACUUGGCGACGGCGGCGGAAGGUGAAGCGCAUGGCUGUGGACUUCCCGCAGGAGGUGGCCAGCAAGCGGGUCACGGCCCAGCCCCUGGAUGGCUGCCGGGACCAGACCAUGGCGCAUGACGACGGCACCUGCCAGGACCAGGAGUUGCCCAAGACCAAAGUCAAGAAGCGGAAACUGAAGGCAGCCAGACCUGGGCCCCGGGGCCAGGACGAGGGCGUGGUGCUGGAGAGCGAGGAUGCCAGCCAGCCGGGCAAGGACAAGAUGGAAUUCGAAGAGCAAAAGGUGUUGGAUGAACUCAUGAGUGAAAGUGACUCCAGCAGCCUGAGUAGCACCGACGCGGGUUUGUUCACCAAUGAUGAAGGAAGGCAAGGUGAUGAUGAGCAGAGUGACUGGUUCUAUGAGAAAGAAUCAGGCGGAGCUUGUGGCAUCACUGGGAUUGUGCCCUGGUGGGAGAAGGAAGAACCCACAGAGCUGGACAAGAACUUCCCAGAUCCAGUCUUUGAGAGUAUCUUAACUGGUUCUUUCCCCCUUAUGUCACACUCAGGCAAAAGAGGUUUCCAAGCAAGACUCAGUCGCCUCCAUGGAAUGCCUUCCAAGAACAUUAAAAAAUCUGGGGCAGCCUCAUCUUCAAUGGUGACCAGUCCUGGCCCGGUCAAUAAUAACAAGAGGAUGGUUCACUUUUCCCCUGAUUCUCAUCACCACGACCACUGGUUCAACCCUGGGGCAAGGGCAGAGCACAGCCAGCUCCUGAGAGAGAGCCGUGGUGAAAGAGGAUACAAGAAGAACUGUUCUGUGAAAACAGCGAGCAGGCAAACAAGCAUGCAUUUAGGAUCCUUAUGCACUGGAGAUAUCAAACGGAGAAGGAAGGCGGCACCUUUGCCUGGACCCACAACAACAGGGUUCGUGGGGGAGAACGCCCCACCGAUCCUGGAGAACAACAUCGGGAACCGAAUGCUCCAGAACAUGGGCUGGACACCAGGCUCAGGCCUGGGGCGCGACAGCAAGGGAAUAGCCGAGCCUAUCCAGGCAUUACAGAGGCCCAAGGGGCUGGGGCUGGGCUUUCCUCUCCCCAAAAACACUACUGCCAUCACUGCCCCCAGUUCGGGAAAAUCCUGCUGAGAAGAAAAGCCAAGAGGAAGCCCUAUUCCCAGCUCAUUCACACCAUUGGCUCAAAGGCAGAGGUGGAGACCAUGUUCCAAGCUAAAUUCUGUGGUUUUGACUACCUACCCCUUCACUAAGCUGCCUGUGUGCAAGAGAUUUUAGCAAAGGGCCAAUACCGCUGUCCAUGGUGCUAACAUGAAAGUCAGAGGAGAUGAAAGGGGCCUGCUAAGAAUUUGC